AUGCCUAUCGAACGUGGUCUUCAAUAUUUAAGACAAAUGCAAAGAGUUACUUUAAAAAAUCUACCUAUGCCUUUGGAAAAAACAGAAAAAUGGAAAAAAGCUCAUCCUGACGAAAAUACAAUCAAAGCAGUUAUGAGUAAAAAGGGUCCAAUAUCAAGAAGUUCAUUACCACCAUAUGGUAUAGAUCCAAUUCAAGCUGAAGGACGUUUACCAUGGAUAUUAACUGUACCGAAAGAACCUUAUUAUGAAGGUGUAGAAGAAGCAAGACAAUAUUUACCAAUAUCAUUACGUACUCUUCAACGUUUAAUUGAUCUACGUAGAGUUAAUCCAGAAAAACCAAUUGAUUUACCUGUACUUUGUAAUACAAAAUUAUUUUCUAUUCAACCUGAUCAAAGGCAAUUUGGUUUACAAUUGACUGAUGAAGGUGCUGAUAUAUUUUCUACUCCGAUUAAUCUUGAAAUUCAAUGGAUAUCAAGUGAAUUAGCAAUAGCUGCUAUUGAACGAUGUGGUGGUGUUUUAACAACACGAUAUUUUGAUCCAGUAUCUUUAUCAGCAUUAGUUGAUGCAAAAAAAUUUUUUGAACUUGGUGAACCAAUUCCACGUUGCGAUACACCACCAAUAAAUGCAAUUGAAUAUUAUACAGAUCCAAAACAACGUGGUUAUUUAGCAAAUCCAGAUUUAAUACGUGAAGAACGUCAACGUUUAGCACAAAAAUAUGGUUAUAAAUUACCAGAUCCAUCGAAAUUAUCUCAAUUAUUUCGUUUACGUAAAGAUCCAAGACAAAUAUUUUAUGGUCUUGAACCUGGUUGGUUAGUUAAUCUCAAAGAUCAAACAAUACUUAAACCAACAGACAAAAAAUUUCAAACAUUCUAUCAUUCUUGA